AUGGCCUAUGGCGAGGUCACUACCGGCGCAUUAGAAAGAGGGUCUGUACCUGACAUGAACCUUUGCUUUCCGUAUGAGAUUCCUGAUAAGGAUCGCCUUGAGUGCGUCGGCAUUUUGAAUGGCUACCCUUCGUGA